CUUUAGGUAUGGUUUCCUUCUGCUGGAGAGCAUCGCAGCAAAAGAUCCUCUUAGUGUUUCGGUUGCAAUUCUUCAUCAGUUCAACAUCUUGCCAGAGAUGUAUCAAGUCGGCUACACAAAACUGUUUUUCAGAACUGGCCAGAUUGGGGUUCUUGAAGAUACAAGGAAUCGCACUCUUCAUGGGAUCUUACGUCUCCAAAGCUGUUUUAGAGGGCACCAAGCACGGAGUCGUCUAAGAGAGCAUAAAAGAAGAGUUACCGUUCUUCAAUCAUUUGUUCGUGGAGAAAAGGUAAGAAAGGAAUACACAGAGUUACUUCGGAGGCAUAGAGCUUAUUCUGCUAUACAAAGCCAUGUUAAGAGAAGGAUUGCUAAGAGACAGUAUAAAGCCACAGUUGAUGCAUCUGUUGUAAUACAGUCAGCAAUUCGUGGCGAGCUGGUUAGAAGAUGUGCUGGGGAUAUUGGUUGGCUAAAAUCUGGAGGCACCAAGAGAAAUGAGUCAGACGAGGUGCUGGUGAAGGCAUCAGUAAUUUCAGAACUUCAGCGCAGGGUUCUGAAAAGCGAAGCUGCUCUCCGUGAGAAAGAAGAGGAGAACGACAUUCUCCGACAAAGACUGCAGCAGUACGACAACAGGUGGUCUGAAUACGAAACAAAGAUGAAAUCAAUGGAAGAGAUUUGGCAAAAGCAGAUGAGAUCAUUGCAGUCAAGUCUUUCCAUUGCAAAGAAAAGCCUAGAGGUUGAGGACUCGGCUAGAAACUCUGAUGCGUCGGUGAACGCAAGCGACGCAACGGAGUUAUCAGGAAGUGGCGGUGAUCUCAGGACACAUGGGAGGACAAGAAGUGUUGGUGUGGGUUUAAGCGUGAUAAGCCGGUUAGCAGAAGAGUUCGGACAGAGAGCUCAGGUGUUUGGUGAUGACACAAAGUUCUUGAUGGAAGUGAAGUCUGGUCAGGUGGAGGCGAACUUGGAUCCGGAGAGGGAGCUAAGAAGGUUGAAACAGAUGUUUGACACGUGGAAGAAGGAUUAUGGAGGGAGAUUAAGGGAAACGAAACUGAUACUUGGCAAACUUGGGAGUGGGGAAAGUGGUGGUUCAGCGGAGAGAGUGAAGAUGAAGUGGUGGGGGAGGUUGAAAAGUACCAGGUUUUAAUGGUCUCUUUAUUUCCUUGAGACGCACGUCUCUCUUUUUUAUUUUACACGUUUGAUGUUAUUCUGCGGUUUUGGUUUUGUUGCUGAGAAGUGAGAAGGCUCUAUGGUUACUUAAAA